CACCGCAGCGCCUACCGGGCUUGGCUCCUGUCCAUCCGCCCUCCGGCUUUUGGAUCCCGGCUGCAAGAUUCAAAUCGUUGCGCUUUUGGAAUUUGGAGCUUGGCAUCUGUAGAACUACUGUGUGCUCCCUCCCUCUCUGUCACCCCUCCCUCUUACUCUCAUACUCUCUCUCUCUCUUUUGGUAUUUGUGCUCCCGCAGGGCUGAGCUGACAGGCAGAUCAGCUUCACCUCCGUCUCGAAAGGAUGUUCUAAAUACUUCUGCGAACUCUCUGCCCCAUCUGGCACUUUUAAGCAGCGGACCAAAGGUAUUACAGGCUGCCCCAUCCUUCAGCACCACCCACUCACCCAAGUACCCACCUCCCUCUGCCCCACUCACCAGCCUCUGCCCUUCUCUACAUUAUACCAACUUACCCAUCAGCAAGAGGAUCCCCUCACAUGGAGCAGCUGGGGAAACACACGAGAAUUCUAUUGUGUCCCUCCAGGUACUGAUUCAUCAUAAGUGGCCGGACUGGGGGAGGGCUUCUCCUGCAGCCGGCCCCCUCCUAGGGAUGCUCGCAAUCUCCAGAUCCCAGCUGGGGCUAUUUUUUAUCCUUUUGUGUCCAACUAAUAUCAUUGGACUCUGGUGGGCAGUGGGAAGCCCCCUUGUAAUGGACCCUAACAGUAUAUGCAGGAAGACAAAGCGCUUAGCAGGGAGGCAGGCAGAACUGUGUCAGACAGAGCCUGAAAUCAUUAAUGAGGUAGCCAAAGGCGCCAAACUUGGAGUACGCGAGUGCCAGUACCAGUUUAGGUAUCGAAGGUGGAACUGUACAAGCCACAACAAGUAUUUUGGGAAAAUUCUACAGCAAGACAUCAGGGAGACAGCUUUUGUGUAUGCCAUAACAUCAGCUGGAGUGACAUAUGCCGUUACACAAGCCUGUAGUAUGGGAGAGCUUCUUCAAUGUGGUUGUGAGGCAACAAGAAGUCGAGCACCCCCAGUUCCAACAACACUUGGAGGAGGAGCUGAUGGUUCAGCCUGGGAAUGGGGAGGCUGUGGAGAUGAUGUGGAAUUUGGAUAUGAGAAAUCUAAACAGUUUAUGGAUGCCAAGAGAAAGAAAGGGAAAAGUGAUAUCAGAACACUGAUAGACCUUCAUAACAAUGAAGCUGGGCGCUUGGCAGUGAAGAAUUACAUGAGAACAGAGUGCAAAUGCCAUGGGCUGUCUGGCUCCUGUACCCUGAGAACAUGCUGGAAGAAGAUGCCUCAUUUUCGCGAGGUGGGUGAUCGUCUGUUGGAGAAAUUCAAUGGCGCAUUCAAGGUGAUGGGUGGAAAUGAUGGAAAGACACUUAUCCCUGUGGGGCAGAACAUCAAGCCACCAGACAAGCAGGAUCUCAUCUACUCUGCAGACUCACCAGACUUCUGCUUAGCCAACAGAAAGACAGGUUCACUGGGGACAAGGGGAAGGGUGUGCAAUAGUACAGCUAUGGACACAAGUGGCUGUGACCUACUGUGUUGUGGGAGAGGCUACAGGGAAGAAACUGUGAUCUUGGAGGAGAAUUGUUCAUGUCGCUUCCACUGGUGUUGUGUGGUUCAGUGCAAAAAGUGUACAAUUCGAAAGGACCUGAACUUAUGUCUAUAAUUAAAGCACUAUAAGCAGACAUUCACACUGGAAUUGAUAAUGAUCACUGGCCAUAUAUCCCUUCAGAAAUUAGAUCUCCUUUAACUGGAAUGAAUAUACUGCAACCUCAGCACAACAACCCUCACUCCAAGCCCACCAGCACACAUACACACAGAAGCACAUGCAUAUUUUUCUGCCUUAAAAUCACUAAUGUAUAUAACUGAUGCUGUGGCAGUCUUCCUUUUGUCUUGAAAGAUUGUGUUUAUGAACUAUACAGACUCAAUCACUGUGUGCCUGUGUAAUGUAAAUGCAAAACUGUCCUGCACUGGGUAAUCAUAUUUAUUUCACAUGCAAAUGCAAAGAUGAAAAACUUAAAAGUAGCUGUGCUUUAGGUGUAUUAUGGAGGUCCUGUUCUCUGCUUUGUACAAUAAAUAUGCUCAGACAUGACUAAUUCCAUAUUUCAAAAGGGAUUCAUUAUAGAGUAUAUGUUUUAUUUGAAUGCUGAGCUGUUUCUCUGUCAGUGUAGUAGAUGGUAUUCCAUGUUAAGUAAUAUUUUCUACUAACAGUUUCACCAGGUAAUUCAAAUUUCUGCACUGCCAGAGCAAACCCUUGGAGUAGUAACAGUAUUAGCUAGUCUUGUGUCCACAGAUGAACAACACUGGUUAAUCUAGCCAGGUCAACAAAAAAGAGCUGCUGAACUGAAAAUGUGUUCAAGUAAAACAAAAUUUGAAUAAAAAAGUACAGCUAAAGACAUGACUUACACAGCUUGUAGAGUCUAUUGCACUGGUUUCCCCUGUUUCAGUGAUCUUUGUUCCAUAUCUUUAUUUUCAUCCCUGGCCCAUUGUAUUCCAAAGUACAUAUGACUUUCACAGAUUUUGUUUCCUUUGGAAUAAAACAUGUAUCUAU